AUGUGGAUGCUGCUCUUGCUGUUGGUUUGUGCUGCUUUAAAUCUGCAGGUAACCACGUGCUACCCAUCAUGCUUUGUGAGUGGACAAAAAGCUCUUUGCAGUGGACAGAGGUACUACCAGGUUCCAGCUCUGCCUCCCAACAUCACCCACCUCUUUCUGGACAAUAACUACAUCAGUGAAAUCAACAGGACCUCCCUCAGGGAUUUUGGUGAACUGCAACAAUUAGAUCUCGGAAAGCAGAACGUAAAGCUCGUCAUAAGAAACAACGCUUUCCUCCGGCAGAGAAAACUGACACACUUGGUCCUAGGUUAUAAUGUUGACCUUCAACUGGAGCCAAGGGCAUUUGCAGGACUGUUCAAUUUACAAUCCCUGUUUUUGGAUUAUUGCAGUUUGACAGGCUCCAUACUGACGGAGAGCUAUCUGCAGCCACUUUGGUCCUUAGAAAAGCUUGAUCUCUUUGGUAACAAUAUCGUGAGACUCCAGCCGGGUCUGUUCUUUCAAAGGCUCAAAAAGUUCACGCACCUGGACCUCAAACUGAAUAAGAUCGAAAAAGUUUGUGAAGAUGAUCUUGUUGGUUUCAGGGGGUUAUAUUUUACAUUCCUAAACUUGCAUUCCAACAAGUUAUUCAAAACACCUAGUGAAGACUGGCUAAGUUGUGGAAACCCGUUCAAAGGGAUUGCAUUUAAUACUCUUGACUUAUCUAGCAAUGGGAUGGACCUAGACAAAACAAGGCAGUUUUUCAAAGCAAUUCAGGGGACUCCAAUAGCUCAUCUGAUGUACUCUGGACACAUUGGUAAAGGGUUUUCCCAUCACAAUUUCCGUGAUCCAGAUGAAAGCACAUUUGAAGGCCUCAACAGCAGUGCUAUUGACAUUUUUAAUAUGUCUAAAAACUAUAUAUUUGGUUUAGAGAGGGCUGUUUUUAGUCCUCUAAAAGAUGCAAGAAUUAUCGACAUCUCCCGAAACAAAAUAAAUCAGAUUAGCAAAAAUGCCUUCGAUGGUGUUCAGGGGCAUUUAAAAAUGCUCAACCUGUCAUUCAACCUCCUGGGAGAAAUAUAUCGUCACACAUUCCCCAAUAUGACAGAACUCAGGGUGUUAGAUUUGUCUUACAACCACAUUGGGGUGUUGGGAUACGAAGCAUUCAGCGAUCUUUCCAAAUUAAAAGCUUUAUAUCUGACAGGGAACUCACUGCGAGAUCUGGGUUUUCCUGCGGCACUGCCAAACUUAGAAUUUCUUCUUUUGGGUGAUAAUAAGUUGAGUUCACUCUACAAUAUCAUUGAACUGGGGAGUAACAGUAUUCAUGUGGAUGUCACAGAAAACAGACUAACAAACAUGGAGGACGUUUAUGUCAUUUUAACUCAUUUCAAGCAUCUCAAGAAUUUAAUGUACGGAGGCAACUUCAUCAAGUGGUGCACUCUAAGUGAGAACACCAAAAUGCCUCAUAAUAAUAGUUUGAAAGUGCUGGAUCUUUACGACAGUUCCCUGCAGAUCAUUUGGGCACAGGGGAAGUGCCUCGAUCUGUUUGAUCAUCUCAACAAUCUGCUCGGUCUAAAUAUCAGCUUCAAUUCACUCACAACUCUACCACCAGGGAUUUUCAGUGGCCUCAGCUCGAUCACAGAAUUGGAUCUUUCGUAUAACGCCUUGACCUAUCUGCAGACGGAUGUCUUUCCAGUCAGCCUGGAAAAAUUGUACCUGUCCAGCAACUUCAUAGCCUCGCCCGAUCCUAUGACUUUCCAGUCGCUCAUCUUCCUCAGCCUGUCAGAAAAUCGGUUCCACUGCGAUUGCAACCUGGAGGGCUUCCUGACGUGGCUGAACGUGACCAAUGUAACCUUCCUGAGCCCAGUUGAAGAGUUCAGGUGCGAGUUUCCAGCUGACGUCCAUGACCGUCCUCUUUGGCAGUAUGUGCUGGAUGUCGAACUGUGUGAACAAGAUGACGAAAAGGCCGUGGCAGGUCUGAAGUUUGCUCUGUUCAUCUUCUCUGCCCUCCUCGUCACUACUGUCAUCCUCAGCGGGAUUGUUUACGCCCGACUCAGGGGCCACAUUUUUAUCAUCUACAAACAGAUCGUCGGGAAGGUCAUCGAGGGCCCAAAACCAGCGCCUCCCGAGAAUGAGAUGCAGUACGAUGCUUUCCUCUGCUUUACCAACAGUGACUAUGGGUGGGUGGAGGCGGCUUUGCUGAGUAAGCUGGACAACCAGUUUUCAGAGGAGAACAUCUUCCACUGUUGUUUUGAAGCCAGAGACUUCUUGCCAGGUGAAGAUCACCUCUCAAACAUCAGAGACGCCGUCUGGGGCAGUAAGAAGACGGUGUGCGUCGUCUCCAGGCAGUUCCUUAAAGAUGGCUGGUGCUUGGAGGCGUUCACUCUGGCUCAGGGCCGGAUGCUGGAGGAGCUGACGAACAUCCUGAUUAUGGUGGUGGUGGGGAAGGUGACUCACUACCAGCUGAUGAACUGCAACGCAAUCAGAGCUUUUGUGAAGAGGAGGGAGUACCUGAUCUGGCCGGAGGACCCUCAGGACCUGGAGUGGUUUUAUGAGCGACUCUUCUCGCAGAUGCGCAAAGACAUCAAGGUGAAAAAGUUUGAGGAGGACAAGCCCGAGCCUGCGGAGCCAGAGAUUCAACCAGACGUCGAGGACGGGAUCCAGCUAGAAAACAUGGGAGCAGCAGCCAUGCAAGCUCUGCCUGUGUGUUAAAGAAACCUGCAAUCAUGAGGAAAAAGCAAGUGGUUGGCUUUUUAUUUGAACAAACAAACAGUUGAUCCUUUUUGAAACAAUGUAGAAAAAUAAAGGUGAUAUGGCAAAGGAAGUAAAUGAAUUGGACAUUUUCAAAAUAGCCAUAAAAUUAGAAUCAGGGGUUCCAGAUAAGGUGCCAAUGAUUAGAACCUUCUAAGGUAGUAACAGGUGGAACCGCUUUUAAUUAAACCUUUGACACUUCAGGUCUGUGGUGUCAUAAUGAGGAUCUUGAAGAUCUAAAGGGCUCUUUAAGGCCUUCAGAGAAAACGUUGUGGAUGCCU